UCGUAGUGCUGAGGCUUUUGCAAACCAAAAAUGUCUGCCUAAGCGAAACUCGUAACUGACAUAAUAUAAAGGUGGAUAUUUUAACCACGUACUGCCGCUCAAACCCGAAUUUUUGCCCUGAGGCAUACUGCAAGAAAGCGCAUCUUCACCAGAUCACCCUAGUCGGGAUUUUCAUCGGAACAAAAGGUCUCUAGAUCUCCAGGAUGAAUCCUCAGCAGCGGAUCGCCGCUCUCGGAACCGACAAGGAAUUAAGUGACCUGCUGGAUUUCAGUGCGAUGUUCUCCCCACCUGUAAGCGGAGCAAAGAACAGGCCCACCACACUGGGAAGCAGUCAGUUCACCGCACCAGGUAUGGACGAGCGGACCAACCAAGCGUCUUGGGCCCCAGGUGGCGAGUCCAGUCCCUCCUAUGAGUCUCCCCGGGGUUUGACUGACAGCCCUCAUUACGGCGAUCAUUUGAGUGACAGUCGAUUACUGUCCCACGAAGGAUUGCCCCCAACACCUUUCAUGAACUCAAACAUUGUGGGUAAACCAGAGAGGGCUCCGUUUCCUGGCUACGGGAGGAACCCUGGAGCAUCUUGUGGCCAGUCUUCUUCUGGUAAAGCAGACAUGUCGUUGGCGAGUGCCAGUCCAGUGACUCCGUCGGGGAAGUCCGCAGCUCCUUUCUAUUCCUUCACUGCAGCGAAUCCUAGAAGACGUCCUCUGCAAGAUCCUCCGCCCAUCAAUCCUCCACAAACAAAAAAGGUUCGCAAGGUCCCUCCUGGCCUCCCUUCAUCUGUGAGUGGAAGAUCAUCUACCUCUCGUAUAAAUAGAUCCAGAGUGUACGCACCGUCUCCAAACUCGGAAGACUUCAACAGAGAUUCACCUUCCUUCUCUUCUCCCAAACCCUCCAGCAGUAUGUUCGCAAGCACUUUCUUUGAUGGCACCCACGGUUCGUCUGACCCGUGGAACUCGUCCAAUGGGAUCAGUCAGCCCGGGUACGGGGGAAUGCUGGCCGGAUCGUCAUCUCAUUUGCCACAGUCCGGAAACUACAGCAGCCUGCACUCGCACGACCGUCUGAAUUAUCCCGCACACUCUGUCUCCCCGGACAUCAAUGCCAGUCUUCCUCCCAUGUCCACCUUCCACCGAGGCAACACCAGCACUUCUCCAUUCCUCACCGAGGCGCACAGCACCUCCGUCAACACAGUCGACGGGGUCAUGGCUGCUGCAAAUCGGGGGAACGUGGCUGGAAGCUCACAGACCGGUGACGCACUGGGCAAGGCUUUAGCCUCGAUUUACUCUCCGGACCACACUAGCAGUAGUUUUCCAUCCAACCCCUCGACACCCAUGGGUUCUCCUUCACCUUUGGCAGCCACAGCAGGUGCUGCCUCAGCGAGCUCCGUGGCGGCUGCUGCUGGACCCCCGUCUGGAAGGCCAGGUACCAACCAGUGGCCCCGUGCCGGCGGACAAACCCCCUCCUCUCCGACUUACGAGAACUCUCUUCACUCACUGAAAAACAGAGUUCAUCAGCAGUUACAUGAGCAUCUCCAGGAUGCCAUGUCUUUCUUAAAGGAUGUCUGCGAGUCCCGAAUGGAGGACCGCCUGGACAGACUGGAUGACGCAAUCCUCGUCCUGAGGAACCAUGCGGUGGGCUCCACCGCCGCUCUGCCCAGCGACUUACACAGUCUGCUGGGACAGGCCCAAAGCGGGCCCGUGGCAGCCGCCGGGGCAAACUUCCCCGCCUCCGCAUUGGCCCCCGGUCGGACGGCAGCGAUGGGUGGUGCCCACACUGACGAUGCUGCCAGUCUGAACAACAGCCAUGGGGGUCUUUCCAGCGCCUGCUCCACAUCCAGCACAGAACUUCACCACCAAUUGGAAACCUUCCGAGGUCUCGCUUCAGCUCUGGCUGGUCAUUUGCCUGCUUCGCUGGAGCUGAAGGUGGAGAAACAGGACAAGGAUGACAUGAACGAUAACCUCUCUAUAAAUGAAAAAUCAGACGACGAGAGCGACAGAAGAGAUGUGAGGACACCCAGAGCAGGCACACGUAGGAGUUCUUUCUCCCAAAGCAUCACUGAGGACGAGGACCUUAAUCCGGAGCAGAAGGCCGAGCGUGAGCGAGAGAGGAGGAUGUCUAACAACGCCCGUGAGCGCCUAAGGGUGCGAGACAUCAACGAAGCCUUCAAGGAGCUGGGUCGCAUGUGCCAGCUGCACCUGAAAAGCGAGAAGCCCCAAACUAAGCUGCUCAUCCUCCAUCAAGCCGUGGCUGUCAUACUUAACCUGGAGCAUCAAGUCAGAGAGCGCAAUUUGAACCCCAAAGCAGCCUGCCUUAAGAGAAGGGAGCAGGAAAAAGUGUCCGAGGGCUCCGGGGACCCCCAACAAGGCAACACAGGGGGGCAUCCAGGCCUGACGGACGCUUCUAACCCCAUGGGUCACCUCUGAGCAGCGCACAGAUCAAAGUAACUCACAUCGUUUCCGUCUCGUCGAGUUGGUGACCUUGCUUUCCAGUGACAGACAGGACUCACAGUUUGUGACACCAAUCGAAGGAGACCGACCACUCGAAGCAAAUCUACGAGUCUGACACAAUCGAACCCAAAAAGAUUGAAGAAGAGCCGAGCGUCCGGCUCCCUCUGACCCGUUUCCAUCUGCAAAUUUCUCCCCAGCUCAAAGAAAAGAUCCUCAGCACAUAUCAAUGUCUGCAAGAAGUGUUGUUGCUUCUGAACAAUCAGAGACUUUGCAAUCUCCUCCAAACAUUGGAGGAAAUUGCCCUGUGCCUAAACCGAAUUGACUAAUGCAUUGUAACAGCAACCGUUUUGUCUGUCUGUUUCUUUUUCUUCUAUUUAUUAUGUUAUUGAGCUAUAAAGUGUACGUCUAAAGGGAAAGUUCAGCAAAGAGAAGUAUAGUGCUUUUCAGUUGAUCUAUAGUUUGCCAGGAUCCCCAUUAAUACUGAGCACUACACCCUGGAAAAUAUUUGGCAAGUCCUAGAUGAGGGGGAAAUAUUUGGCCACUGAGAAGAUUAAUUUAUUGGACAGAGGGAAAUUUAUACCCAAAUGAAAAUGAUCAUUAGCUGUUAGAAAUACAGCCCCCAAUACAAAAAAGCAUAUUAUUUAUAUUUGUAUUAAUCCUGCCACCGGCCAUCGAAACUACCGUUGAUUGUUUCUGCGUAGUUUGGAUCGGUUUCUGUGCUGCCAGCCAGCGGAAUGAUUGUCCCAACUACGUGAGCAUAAACAACAUGCAGGUGACGGGCGGAUGGUAAACUCGGGUGUUGUCAUGUUCCUUUUUCCUGGGUAGUGAACAGUGAAAAUAAAGUAAACUAUUUGCAAACCGUAGCAUUCCCGGCAUAUUGUUAGUAUCUUACUUAAAAAUAAAUGGGACUUUUUUGCCGGCCCCUUUGCCAUGUAGUGUUAAAUGUAAGCAGGGACAAAUCUCAUUUAGAUGCUCCUGACGUCGCACGGAAUUGGCUUGUUUUUUUCAUUGUUUCACUACCGGCUAAUACCGGCCGAGGUUUUUUGAUUAGUUUAAAAUUUUAAAAACGCCGAUGAUUACACGUUCUCCUGGCCCGAUGAACACCUCACUUAUUUUUCUCUCUGUUAAUAUUUCAAGACCGUACAGUUUUAAUGCAGUUAUUCCCGAUGAAGUUUUUGUUAUACAUAUUUUGUCUUGUCUUGCAAAUGUCUUACGGCUUCCAGCAGUAUACUGUCCAGUUUUGAUUAUGUUUCAUCCAACAUACAUUAAGCCAGACUAGAUAGUUUAUAUGCAUUUUGUUAAAUAUGAUAGAAGCACAAUGAGGAACAAAAACACUUAAUAGGAUUGUCUUUUAUGUUUAAGACAUCAAUCAUAUCUUUAAUUUUUAAAUGUCAUUCUUUAGGUUUGUCUUUGGUCUUAAGACUUGCUUUAUAUUCCAUGUAUUUCUUUGAAUAUUUUCUUUCAUCUUUAUCUACACCUUAAACAAGGCUGCCACAUUCAGAAUUUAUACUCUGUCGAAAAAGGGACUGAAUUAGAAUAAAAGAUGCCACAUCAAGAGUUUAUAUUAAAGUUUAUGAUUUCAAAAUGUUUUUGCGGAAAAAAACAAAAAGCUUUUUCAUGUUUUUUCUGAGUGAACGUGGCUUAGUUCUUUGUUUCAGUAUUGAGCUUUGUUGAUGCUGGCGAACUCUGAAGGAAUAGUAUGUAAUUUCCCGCUUUAGUUCUUAAUUUACGGUUCUUGCGAUUUUUCUUUGGUCCUUUCUUUGCCAAGUUAGACUUUGCUCUAUUCCAAGUUGCUUUCUCUUGUAUAAUAUAUGAGAAAAAAGGAAAAUUGAAGGAAAAAAAAAACAUUUGGCUUAUUUUUCACUGUAGUUAGUCUUUUAUACAAUAAUACUGUAAGAAUAUUUCUUAAAUUCUAAAUAUUACUCUUUCUAGAUUUUUGAAAGCAAAAGUUUUGGGUAAAACGUUUCUUAUAUUAUUUUACUAUAUUAGAUAGUAAAACGUAGGGUUAUUUUCAAUAGCCUGUCUAUUAUUACAUUAUUAUAAAUAUACAAAUGGCAUCUCAAGAACAAUCUGAAUCGUUGCUCGUAGUCUGGUCCUUCAAAAGGCUUCGUACAAGCUCCAGAUUCCGUAACGGGCGACCGUCAUGUUAUUUUUCAGUCUCUUGCUGUUGAUUGAUUAAAGAUUUGUUCUUGUGUCAGAUGAAAAGGUAUUGUCCAUGCACAUCAAAAAAACUGCAACAACAAGAAUUUGAAUUUUCUGUCUUUUUCAACAGAAAAACAAUGUAAAUAACAUUUAUGUUGCAAUAAAAAUGCCACCUUUUUUAA